AGAAUACAAGGGCAUGUCCAAAGAGCGUAUGAUGGAGAUUCGGAGACAGAACUGCAACCCAAUGACCAUGAAAGUGACCUACUACAAGAAGCCAGUGUACAUCCACCAGGGACACAUGCAGUGGCUGUGGGACGUGGACGGGAGGCGCUACCUAGACCUGUUUGCUGGCGUUGCCACUGUCAGCGUGGGGCACUGCCACCCAAAGGUGACGGCGGCGGCAGAGAAGCAGCUGCGAAAGCUGUGGCACACGACUAACAUCUACGUGUAUUCCCCUCUGCAUGAGUACACUGAGAAGCUAGCUGCCACCCUGCCAGACCCGCUGAAGGUUAUCUACCUGACAAACAGUGGCUCUGAGGCCAACGACCUGGCUAUGCUCAUGGCUAGGCUACACACAGGGAACUUUGACGUCAUCACACUGAGGGGGUCCUACCAUGGUGGCAGUCCACAUACUAUGGGUCUCACCUCCAAUGCAGCCUAUAAGUAUCCUGUUGCAUCUGGGUUAGGCUGCCACAAUACCAUGUGUCCUGAUGUAUUUGCUGGCCCAUGGGGAGGAAGCAACUGUAGAGACUCCCCAAUCCAGACCAUUCGGGACUGUAGCUGUCCUCAAGGAUCAUGUACGGCGAAUGACAAAUACAUUGGGCAGCUGAACGAGGUCUUUGCCACCAGUGUUCCCAGUCGUAUCGCUGCUUUCUUCGCUGAACCUAUUAUGGGAGUUGGAGGAGCUGUCCAAUACCCCAAGAACUUCCUGAAGGAUACCUACAAACUUGUGAGGGAGAGAGGUGGGGUCUGCAUUGCAGAUGAGGUCCAGACAGGGUUUGGCCGCACAGGAAGUCACUUCUGGGGGUUCCAAGGUCAUGAUGUCAUACCAGACAUGGUCACCAUGGCAAAGGGCAUCGCUAAUGGCUUUCCUAUGGGAGCGGUUGUCACGACACCUGAGAUUGCCGCUUCAUUUGCCCAAGGAGUUCACUUCAACACGUUCGGUGGUAAUCCUGUGGCUUGUGCCAUCGCCUCAUCUGUUCUGGAUACCAUGGAGGAGGACGGCACUCAGCAGAUCAGCCACGACGUGGGGACUUAUCUGCUGACAGAGCUGGCCAAGAUGAGGGACAAGUAUGAGAUCAUCGGGGAUGUCCGAGGGAAGGGACUGCAGAUUGGAGUGGAGAUGGUGAAAGAUAAGGCGAGCCGCAAACCUCUCCCACCAGCAGCCAUGAGUGAGAUCUUCGAAGACACCAAAGACAUGGGUGUUCUGAUUGGGAAGGGAGGAGUGUAUGGACAGACGUUCCGGAUCAAGCCCCCUAUGUGUAUCACCAGGGACGAUGCAGACUUCUUCUUGGCUGUGUUUAACCAGGCCCUUCACAACUACAUGGAAAAUCAUCAUUAGGCCUGGCUUUCACCUGGUCACUUCUUUCAGAUAGAUCAAAGGAAGAGUACAGAUUUUAGGCAAUUGAGAAAGAGACAAGCACUUCAAUCACCAUUCAUCCAUGUGAAUAAGAAAGACGCUAGAGGACCCUCAUCUCUCCCACACGACGCAGGACAUCAUCAACGCUCAAGAGCCCUACAUACAAAAUGCAUGAAGAUGGCGUUUGAGGUAGCCUGGAUCCAGGUCUGUUUUGUCUUGCAUGACCACGAUUAUAGGAGUUGGGUUUUACAGCACCAACAGAUCUGGGACCAGGCUAGCGUUGGGGUGUCAGUUCACUUGAUAGGAGUCUUAACCAGAUUUAGAUAUGGCACCAUGCUUUCUGUUGUUCAAAUUGACUACAUGUAGCUUUUGAGGCACAUAAAUUAGUUGAUUGUAAUCAUAUGUAGAAAACCUGAAGAUUUACUGACAUCUGUUUGUCUCUGUACUGGAACUCAUUUUGUUGUAGGUUUAAAAUGUGUAUUUAAAAAAAGAAAUGUUAUUGAUUAGUAUUAACUGUGAAUAUAUUCACUUUUAACCUCAGGAAAGGAAACUAGUCAAAUAAAUCCUGCCCACAUACUGCCAGUGAGAGGACCACGGACAAACUUUGGUAUCUGAAAUAAAAAUAAAAAGUCUGAAAUAAA